AUGGGUAGUGUUGCUUCAUGGAAUAUUAGGGGGUUGAACCGCUCCCUCAAACAGAAGGAGGUUCGUCAGGUUGUUAUGGAUAAUCAUGUUCAGGUGUGUGCUAUUAUGGAGACCCAUGUUGACACGGCGAAUGUUACAAAGGUGUGUCAAAAAGUUUUUAGCUCGUGGAUGUGGAACUCAAAUGCUAGCUGUUGUGUUAAGGGUACUCGGAUUAUGCUUGGUUGGGACCCGAAUAUGGCUGAUGUGAUGGUUUUAUCACAAACGGAUCAGGUGGUUCAUACACAAGUGAUGUUUAAACGAGAUAGCAAAUCCUUGUUUUGUUCUUUUGUCUAUGCGGAUAAUAAUUAUAAAUUGCGAAGGGACUUGUGGAACAAUUUGUGUGCGCACAACUCUAUUAUGAAAGACAAACCGUGGGUUGUGAUGGGAGAUUUCAAUGCUUCCCUAUCUCAUGAUGACUCGAGUGCAGGUUCGUCUUCUUAUAGCAUUGGAACCAGGGAGUUUCGAGAGUGUGUUCAAUCCAUCGAUAUGUUUGAUGUUAAUAGCACAGGGCUUCAUUACACUUGGUCGAAUAACCAGCAUAGAGGAGGUAUUAAUUUUAAAAAACUGGACCGAAUCAUGGGCAAUAUUAACCUGGUUGCUGAGUUUCCAAACGCUGGAGCUUAUUUUCACCCAUUUCGGAUAUCUGACCACGCCCCGUGCAUAUUAAAGUUGCCAACUGUGACAAGAGACAAACCAAGACCGUUUAAAUUUGUGAAUCUAAUUGCUGAAAAGCAUGGUUUCAUGGAAGCUAUUAAUCAGAUCUGGGGAAAAGAGAUUACAGGAUUUCGCAUGUACCAGGUUGUUAUGAAAAUGAAGUUGCUUAAAACUCCGUUACGAAAGCUUUUCUUCCAACAAGGGAAUUUGCAUGAGAAUGUUAAGAAGGCUAGAAAGGAACUGGAUGAAUGUCAGCUUGCUAUGGAUCAGGACCCGACUAAUGGGGAUGUGUUAGCAAAGCAUAGUUUUCUUCUAAAGAAUUAUAAAGAAGCUAUUCAUGAUGAAGCUGCUUUUCUUCAGCAAAAAUCAAAAGUGGAUUGGUUAACGCUUGGGGAUUCUAAUACUAAAUAUUUUCACAACGUUGUCAAAGCCAAAAACCACCGAAGCCGUAUUUUUUUGAUUCGUGAUACGGAUGGGAGUGUGCAUGAGGGGGGGGGGGGCGGCGGCUUUAGCUUUCGUCAAUCACUACUCGAAUUUUUUUGGGAAUGUGGGUCAGGUCGUAUGUAG